AUGGGAUUUAAGGAAGCUUUCACGAGACAAGGCGAUGGAGAGAAUCUGCUCUUCGAUGAUGAUGCAUUCAUCUAUUUCGCUAUUUCCAUUCUUACUUUGGUUAUUCUUCCUCUGGUCUACUCAGUUAUCAAGCCACUGUUCACAACAUACGUGUUGGGUGAAAAUAAAAGAAAAUUAGCACGUGUUCCCAAAAGCGGCAAUGAUCAACUCAAUCUACAAUUGGCUAAAUAGGAAUUGAAAUUGAAAUGGCUUACAACAGGUUAUGUGUUUAAGAUCAUAAUACUUGUGGCUCUAUUGCUAAUGCUCAAUGCAUCCAUUUAAUCUUUGCCAAAUGCAGAAAAAAUCAAAGGGUUUGAUCCUUAUGAGAUUUUAGAAAUCGAUCCAACUGCUACAGAAUAGGAAAUUCGUAAAGCAUAUAGAAAAAUUUCAUUAAAAUUGCAUCCAGAUAAAAAUCCUGAUGAUCCUUAAGCAAAUCAAAAAUUUAUCCUUCUCACCAAAGCAUAUGAAUGUUUAACAGAUGAAGACAAAAAAUCCUUAUGCAUGAAAUAUGGAAAUCCAGAUGGACAAUAAAGUUUAUCUGUUGGUAUAGCAAUGCCAUCAUUUCUAUUAAAAAAAGAAAAUAGGGCUGCCUUUUUAGCUGUAAUUUUCCUUUUGCUUUUGGUUGUUGUACCAAUAAUUGUUUUGUACGAGUUGAGAUCAAUAGGAAAAUAUGAUUAAAAUGGAGUCAUGCUUAGUAAUCAGGAGAAAUUUGAACGAGGGUUGGAAGAGAACUUAUUAAUCAAGAAAGGAGUAGAAUUAUCUAGUUGCAGUGAUGAAUUAUGUAGAUUAAGAUUGAAAUCCGAAUAAUAAGCUAUUGACUUAGAGAAAUUAGUUAAUGAAUUGAAAGAAGAAGCUGAAUUGAGAAAAAUCUAAAAAUUUGAAAUAACCGAAGCACUUGAAUAGUCGAAAAAAUAAAAGAAUAAAAAAAGAAGAGUGACCAUCUCUGUUGCCAUGAUUCUAAUCUAUGCCCAUUUAUUUGGUAAACCCAUUCCUUAAAGUGUUAUAUCUUUAUAUAGAUCUACUAUUAAGAUAAUUCCAAAAUUAGUCAACUCAAUGGUAAGAUUGGCAUUUGAAUUCUCUAUGAAAUACAAAGUAAUCCAAUGGAGACAAAGAGGAAGAUUUUAAACUAAAUUUAUGGGUGCAAGAUGCAUUAAUAACAUAUUACAAUUCUCUCAAUGCAUAGUCUAAGGCAUAUAUGAAACAGAUAAUCCAAUUAAUUAAAUUGAGUUUUUUGCUACAAAAGCCAAAGAUUAUAUUAAAAAAGGAAAGAUGCCAGUGUUUCAAGAAUUAGUUCAAAAAUAAGUGGAUUAGAGAGUGUUACCAAGUUGGGUGCCAGAGGAAUUCAAAGAUGAAAUUAUGAAGGAAAUCAAUAUGUUCCCAUAAUUAGAUAUCAAACCUGAAGUGACAGUUGAUGAUGAAUCUAUUGUGGAAUAAUGUAAUGAAGAUAUCUUUAGUAUUAAAAUAACUUUAACAAGAAUGAACACUCCCGAAGGAGAAGACAUUCCAUUUGCUCAUUCCAAUAGAUUUACUUAUGUAAAGGAGGAGGGAUGGCAUAUUUUAAUAACAUUUUAAAACGAAGUGUUUUAUUAUGCUUUUUUGAAUGGUUCGAAUAGAGAACAAUCAACAGAAUUCAAAUUCUAACCAAAAAUGUAUUUUGGAGAUAUAGUUGAAUUUGAAUUCGUUCUAUUCGUCAUAUCUGAUUGUUACAGAGGAUUGGAUUCUGAAAUACCAAUUAAAUUUAAAGCCAAAAAAGCUAGCUAAAUAAGCAGAGCUGUUGAAUACCAUAAGGAAGAUUAAGAAUUGGAUAAGUCACUUCCAUUUAUUCAAUCGAUGUUAUUCCCCAUGUAAAAUAAAGUCGAGGAUAGUGAUUCAGAAGAUGAAGAUCAAUCAAAGAAAGAUGAUGAAUGA